AUGGCCGACGCUUCUGCAGAUCUCCAGUGCGCUAACAAUUGCGGCCCGCUAGAGAUCUGGAUCUGGAGCAAAGACGGAAAUCACCAGCAUGUUCUAGGGCAUAUAUCGUCUACUUUUUUGAAGAAAUAUCCAACUGAUGUACUACUAUUCAUCUAUGCUGACGCGAACACAAUUCGCAACUGCCCAACAUGUAAAGCCAAGUUCUCGGCCGAGUUCAACAUUCCAGACAUUUGGUGGACAGAGUACAACAGAAAGACCAAUGGCUUUUUCGGCUCGCAAGAUGUGCUCGAUGAUGCAGAAAAGGUUGCAGGCUACGUGACAUGGUCUCACUUCCAGACCAAACAAGUCCAGCCCGACAAAGAACACCCCGACAAAGACUACGACUAUAAUUGGACCAAAGUCAACAUCUUUACGCAGUGGCUCAUUUCAAAACGCCAAGUUGUUCUCUCGUUUGCGCAAAACAAGGGUACAAUAAAGACUCAAAACGAAAUCCGCCAGGCGCUGCUGAGUUCGCUCGUCGCCCGCGAGCUCACCGACCCGUUCUGGGUGUACCACAAGCUGCUGAGCUUGGUGCUCGAUUUGAACAAUGCCUCCAUCUGGAUGUUUCGCGACUGCGUCCGCGCCAUUGAACAGUCGGACGAGCACACCAGCAAGGAGCCCGACUACCGGCGCCUGCACAACCUCGCGCGUCACGGCAUCCACAUUGUCGAGGUGCUCAGCGUCACCUGCGAGACGAUCCAGCGCAUCGCGGCCGGGCACCGCGCCUGGGUGGAGGAGAGCAGCCGCAGCAGCGGUCACGCGCCGCCGCUGCCAUUCACCAAGAGCGUGCGGGAGCAGCUCUCAUUCUACGAGCAGACGGCGUCCAGCUUCCGCCAUCGCAUGCUGUCCACCAAGGACCGCCUCACCAACGAGAUCAACCUCUCCUUCAACUGGAUCGCGCAGAAUGACGCAAGGAUCACGCGGGAAAUAAGCAGCAAGAGCCUGGAAGACAGCCGAACUAUGAAGAAGAUUGCCUUUUUGUCAUUCUUCUUCCUGCCCGCGACGUUUGUGUCGGCCAUCUUCAGCACAUCGUUUUUCAACUUUAGUCCCGAGGCCGGGCGGUGGACCGUGUCGCCCAUGUUUUGGGUGUACUGGGUGGUGACGAUCCCGGUGACGAUUCUCAUGCCGGUUUUAUGGAAGUAUUGGCACCCGUCCGAAGAAAAACAAGAGGACGGAGAUGCUGGUAGCAAAGUGUCUUCCAUGGAGCUCAAGGAUGGUGAUGUAGAGAUGCAGCCUACUCGCCGACGAACUAGUCAGUUUCUGCCUACAAUAGGGAUGCAUCGCCGGGGUUAA